UUGACGUCAGUUUACUAUCAAGUUCUGUAAGUUCUGGCGGAAAAUCACAAGCUCCUCUUCCCCUAAUGCGACCAUAGUUGAUGCUAAUUUGCUAGCAACGUUUGAGUAAAUUUGUUGUCAAUCUGCUAGCAUAUUGCGGAUUUUGUUUAUUGAGAUGUUAAUAUUUAUUUGCAACAAAACGAAGAAAUAAAAAAGCUAAUACAUAUAGGCAGGAAUAAGUUCUAUAUAUCUUCCAAAACAAAAUAAUCAGUAACUGAAUAGAUAGAAGGCGUAAACAGAUAAGAAACGCAAUAAACUAAGAUAGUAUGAUGCACAGUAACAUAAGAGGAAGGGAGAAAUCUAAUCUUAUGCGAGUCAUUAAAUCGGGCGUAAACCUUUCACGUUUGCAGUCUAACCAACGAUUAUUGUGGUGAAUCUGUGUUAAAAAUGUACGCGAUCGAAAGAUUUAUGCUGAAAAAACAAAACUUGCGUUUUCAAUUGAAAUGGCCAAGCUAUUAUAUCAGUUUUAAGUUAUAUCAUAACGAAAACGAUGUUUAUGGAUAUAAACCGAGUCAACGGAGGCAUUUUAAAGUAUCAAAGGAAUAUCUAGAUAAACGAGCAAAACAGAGCAAUUUUUAUAGACUAGUCAGCGCAUAUAGGAUUCAUGGACAUAAACAAGCCGAUAUAAAUCCAAUUUCAAUGAACAAGUCAUUGUUAUUGCCUGAGUUGCAACCAGAAAACUUCAAACUAAAUUUAAUGGAUAAGGUCUAUUUCCGAGGAAUCUUAUUUACACAACAAAACGAAGGAUCAAUAGAGGAAGCCAUUCGAUUUUUAAACGCUACCUAUUGUGGUACUGUCGGAACUGAAUUUAGCUAUCUUGAGACGGAAGAAGAAAGAGAAUGGUUUGCUGAAACUGUGGAAACAACUUUGAACGAGCCAUUAGAUGAUGAAACAUGUAAAACAAUAGCCAUAGAAAUGCUUAAAAGUCAAGCAUUUGAUAACUUUUUGGCCACAAAAUUUGUUAGUCUAAAGAGAUAUGGAGGAGAAGGAGCCGAGAGUAUGAUGGCCUUCUUUCAUGAAUUGUUCAAAUUAUGUGCUUAUG